UUUUAAACAUAUCACAGAUUUUACACACAGAACGUAGAAAAUAAAUUUUAGGUAAUUUAAAAUCAUUUCGUGUUAGUUGGUUAGUUUGAUUGAAAUUCUUCGUAUUGAAAAUUAAGAGCCCGCUAAAUGGCAAACGCCGAAAACAAUAAGGAGCUGAAUGCUUUACCGAAGGCUAUUGAUAUCGAGAAUACCCAACACAUAUGCCUUUACCUGCGGAAUCUACGGUUACGGCUCAAGCAAACUAUACAGCAGCACACUGACCUGAUUCAGACUUCAGUAAACAUAAUCAGGGAGAUGGCUGAUGUGUCCACAAUGCUGGCAAUGACGCAGUCCGGUCCAGAGCAGCAGCCUACUAAAAUCAAGCGUCUGAUUAUGGAGUUUGAAAACAUGCACACAGGAGACAAUGGCUUGAGCUCAGUCGAGGUAAUUGAACUGCGUGAACUGCUCGCUGAUUUUCGACGACUUCACGAGAGUCAACUGCUGCGCGAUAGUCUGAUGUGUUUCAAGCGCGCCAAGGAGUCAUUCGAGAAGGUUGAAACCUUGAUGGGCCAUUCUGGCCAAAGUGCUCUCGGCGAAUCGGGCCAGCCAUCGCCUCAGAGCAGUCAGGCAGUGGUGAGCAGCAAUAGUGCUAGUCGCAGUCUGCGGGAGAAGAUUCUGGCCUUCAAUAAGGCCUCGGAGAAGGGCCAGAAUAUGCUGCAAAAUUUUACGCAUUGCUUUAGCAAAAUGAGUAGUACGAAUAUUGCUUCUGCUGAUGAAACGCAGGCAAAUCCGACUGCAUCGCGUUCCCGCACGAAUUCCGGCUAUGAGGGUGACGUGGAUAGUGAAAUCGAUCAAACUGAUAAUGCCAAAAGUAAGGAACAAGUUGUCAAACCUAAUAAUUGAGGCAUAUUUAUGGUUUAAGUUUAUUAUACACGUAUAUCAUACCAAAUAACGAGCUAUGCCUAACAUGUUAUGUGUUUUAAAUAUUCUAUUGUUAUGACAA